UUCACCUUCCACACACACACACUCACCCUUUAUCUAAAGCUCCUUCCAUAGUAGACUCAUGUAGCUUUCAUUUCUUAAUUUCUUAUCCACCAUCUCAUAAUUCCCUUCUUUAAUUUCUUUUCUUUUCCUGAAUUAAGGUGAGCAAACUCUCAAAUGAAGAAGGGUCAAUGUUUGAUGUGGAGUCAGAGAAAGUAUUCUAUGAGCUCUAGUCUUGAUGCAUCUACUAAUUAUCCUUCCUCCUAUGAUGAACACUCAUGGGAAGAACAAGCCUUUGCAAAAGAUGCAGCUUGGUCUGGUUGCAUAUGGCCACCACGAUCAUAUUCUUGUAGCUUUUGCAGAAGGGACUUCAGGUCAGCACAGGCUUUAGGUGGCCAUAUGAAUGUUCAUAGAAGAGAUAGAGCAAGACUAAAGCAGCCAUAUAGCCCCCAGAAUGAAAUCAUCAGUGAUGAUCUUGAGAAAACUCAACCCCAGAAUUCAGUUCAAAUUUCUUUUACUUCUUUGGGUUUUCUGUACCCAUCCUCUCUUAGUGGAUUGGCUCAUAAAACUAACCCUAAUUCUGAUACUUAUUCUCAUGUUCCUGCUUCACCUACCAAUUUUUUAGCCACAUCGGUCAACAAGAGAAUCAGAGAGAAACCCUUGAUUCCACUUUACAAUAGUUCUUCUAUUUUCAAAGGGUCUCACGAGUCUUCCCCUGCUCUUUCUUCUAAAUCCUGGUCUAGUUUAACUGAAGACUUCAGAUUUUGUUCAAGUAGGCUCGAUCCUGAAGCUGGUGUUGUGAAAAAACUGAAGGGAUUGGAUUCUGGGUGUAGGAGUGAGGGUGAUGAUGGUAAAAGUAAAACUGAUGUGGCUGUAAGCUUGAACUUGUUUAUGAGUCAAGCUUAUCCACUUGUGCAGUUUGAGACUAAAGAGGCAGUAGAUACUAGUUUCAAGAAGAGGAAAGCAGAUGCUUCAUCCAUUCCAUUCUUCCCCAAAUCAUGUUCACUUGAUAGGCAUCAUAUGCAGUCACAGUUGUUUGAAUUUAGCCCUAGCUCUAUAGAAGAGGUUGAUCUGGAGUUAAGGCUUGGUUACAGGUCCACGGUAUAGUAAUAAAUAUGGAGCACCAAUUAAUUGUUUAUAAAUAUAAUUUUACUCUUUUGUUUCCUCUCUUGUAUUUUGUUAUUUAUUUUUAUAUCGUGUAAGGAAGCUUUUCAGUUUUCAUCUUUGAUUGAUGGCUAGCUCAUCAUAGAGUGCAAUUAUAAUUGAUAGCUCCAUUGAUUUUUACUAGGUUCAUGUAAAAGCAUUCAAGA